CUUGUACUUCGUUCGUCUCCAGCCCAGGUGCCACGACUCAAGUCCAUAGUCCAACUGACCGACCUUUAACACUGGACUGGACUAGUCGGCCUGUUGGAAUUCAACAUGGCGGGACCUUCAAAGAAGAAAAUCAAACUCAGCAACGCUGUGGAUGAAGACGAUGAGAAGUUGCAGUCAUUUUUACAGUGGUGUGUCAAGGAAGACUUCCAGGUGAACCCAAAGGUACAUGUUGGGAGAGAAGGGUCAUGUGCCCAGUAUGGUAUGGUGGCAAAGGAGGAGCUGGAAGAAGGAGAAUGUUUGUUUAAGGUGGACAAGACUGCUGUUCUCAGCACAGAAACUACUGAAAUUGCACAUCUCCUGAAAGAAGGAGAGGUCAGUCUGCACAGUGACAGCGGCUGGGUGCCCCAGAUACUGGCACUGAUGUAUGAGUACACCAACCCCAAGUCCAGAUGGAGGCCAUACCUGCAGCUGGUACCAGACUUCUCAGAACUAGAUCAACCCAUGUUUUGGACAGAAGAUGAAAUAGAAAAAGAUCUGUGUAAUACAGGCAUACCAGAAGCUGUCAAAAGUGACUUAACCAAGAUGAAGCUGGAGUAUACUUCAUUAGCGCUACCAUUCAUCAAGAAGCACAGCCACAUCUUCAGUGAGGAGGUACACUCCUUUGCACUAUACAAGAGAAUGGUGGCCUUUAUAAUGGCAUACAGCUUCUUUGAACCAGUGAGUGAUGAAGAUGGCCAGGGGGAUGAGGGGGGCAAGUCAUCCUUGCCGCUGAUGGUUCCCAUGGCUGACAUCCUGAACCACAUUGCCAAGAACAAUGCCCACCUGGAGUGGGACAAGGACUGUCUGAGGAUGGUGACCACCAGGCCAGUGGCUGCUGGUGAGGAGGUCUUCAACACCUUUGGUGAGCUGGCCAACUGGCAGCUACUGCACAUGUAUGGUUUUGCAGAGGUCUGGCCAGAAAACAUCUAUGACACAGUGGAUAUCCCAAUGCAGGUACUGUUUGAUGAAGCCAAACUGGCUGUGGAUCCUGGUGCUGUCCAGCUGCUGGAAGAAAAGUGGCUGUUCCUGGAGGACCAGGGGGUGGUGAGCAAGACUGGAUCCUUUAUUGCAGGGAUGGAAGGAAUCCUGACUGAUGAGGAAGUCUAUGAGUCCUUAAAGGUUCUGGGUAUGACUGAGGGAGAGUUCAGGGAACAUCAAGAGAAGGAAGGAUGGAGUGACUGUGACAGUGAAGAGGAGGAUGAAAGGUCACUUUCCUAUGAGAAGCUGUCAGACCUGCCACAAGCCUGGAGGAGUCUGCUCGCUGCAGCUGCCAGGUGCUGCAUGGGAAAAUACAGAAACAGUUUACAGGAAACAGAACAACUGCUAACCAAAGAGAAGGGGGGAAACAUGACCAGGCGUCAGCAGUGGUCUUUACUGGUUUGUCAUGGUCAGCAGAAGCUGCUCCACAGGAUUAUAAGUUCAUGUUUAUCAGCAGCUAGUUAGUAGAAAAAGAUUUAAGUUGCCUUUGAUUAACAUUUUGGAAUUCUGUAGGAUCAAGAUGUCUUGAAGUACAAUAUGCUGUACACAGGUGAGCUACCACUACAUGAACUGCAAUCUGCAUGUGUAGGUGUCUAAUUACACAAGACUAUAACUACGCAGUUAUUAAGUAUAUAAAAAUAUGACAUGUAUAUGAGGGCUGUCAUGAAAUUAUUCCUGAACCAGUAACCUUUAGUGUUUCCCACCUGUUAAGUCCUGGUACAGCUCUCCAUCCUAUCCACUUGUUAAGUACUUACAGGGGUCGUGGUCACUUGAUGGACUAACCCCAGACUGUUGAUUGUAAAAAUGUGAGCUAUCAUUAAAGUGAUCACACAAGUCUACACAAGUCGUUUCCUUUAUCAGCUGUGUCUGGCAGCUGAUUACAGUGUAUUCGGCCUCUACACAAGAUUCAUGUAGCAUUACCCUUUGGGUAACUUUCUCCAUUUUAUUUCAGAUACAAUCAGUCAUCUAAAUCCCCCCUGACACACCAUGUAGUCCAUUUAAAGGAGGCUUGCAAUAAAAUGCAGCAACGACUUAAAAGUUACCCAUUCGAAGGUCAAACGCAAUUGAAAAUUGGACACUGGCAAUGGGGAGCAAAUUACGACAAAUGACUUGGACGCUGUUGCGGGAAGGCUGUUAAUCCCUUCAUCAAAAGAUGCUGCGGUAGGCAAUGAGAGAAAAAAAGCAAACAAGGCUGUAUCUAAGUAGGCCAAGGUUAGAUCCAAAUUGGACAUUCAAAAAGAAGCAGCUGCAACUUGCAAUGUGAUACUUUUCUUUAUUUUAAAUACUAUGAGGUUUGUCAAAUUGCUGGAAGGCUUCUUUGUGCUGGUAACAUUAUUCAGGAAUUUUCCCCUCAGACCUCUUUCCUGCAUGUAUCAAGUUUAAAUAUUCAUGUUAAUAUUUUGAAUAAAAACCAUAAUCAACUUGGAAAAGUUUUAUGGUUAGGACCAUGUAUGUUACACAAGGAUCAUGAGGUAACAAAUACACAUGUAGGUAUACUUAGAUGGUGUCCUUAUGGGCUGCUGGUUUGCUGAUUGCAUACCAUUUUGGAACAUGAAAAAUGCAUUGACCAGUAUUUUUUUUUUUUGCUUCUUUUGAUCCAGACUGAUAAAGAAAUAUGAAUGCCUCUUUGGUUGAUGAUUAGCUAGCUAAUGAGCCACUGAAAUGAAUGCAGCUGGAUGUAGUAAUAUCAUGUUUUACCAGCAGCCAAAUAUGCUUUGUAUUGAUACAAUGUUCCCUCAAUGCAUCAAAGUGAAAAGCCAUGGGUACAUGUUGCAUACUCUUGGUAGUCCUUCGUUAAUGAUGACUGUUGAAUACACAUGGUAUCCUUGCUUUGUUGCCUGUUACAAAAAGGAUCUAAAGUGCUUUGAUGAUUUUGGUCAGUGAGCUUGUUUACUUGUUCCUUUUGACUAACCGAAUCUACCAUGUAUCCAUCAGCAAAAUAUGUUCAUACAUCACUUACAGGGAAUCAAGGUUACAGACCAUUAGCUUUAUGGCACAUUUUUUUUGAUAG